AUGCUAAAAACUAUUAUCCCCACAAUUAUACUCAUUCCCACUGUAUGAUGAUCUAAAAGUCGCAUAAUCUGAAUCAACGCAACAGUUUACAGCCUACUAAUUAGCCUAACUACUUUUCUUCUACUUAAUCAACCAAACGACACUAACUUAAACCUAUCAACCACAUUUUUCUCAGAUGCCCUCUCCACACCCCUUUUAAUAUUAACAGUUUGACUUCUGCCCCUUAUAAUCCUAGCAAGCCAACAUCACUUAAGCAAAGAAUCAUUACUACGCAAAAAAACAUAUAUUUCUCUCCUUAUUUCCCUACAAAUCUUCCUAGUAAUAACAUUCUCAGCUACAGAACUCAUCUUAUUUUAUAUUCUAUUUGAAGCAACACUAAUCCCUACACUAAUUAUUAUUACACGAUGAGGUAAUCAAACAGAACGACUAAAUGCAGGAACUUACUUUUUAUUCUAUACCCUUAUAGGAUCGCUCCCUUUACUAGUUGCCCUAAUUCAUCUUCAAAAUUCUAUAGGGUCUCUUAAUUUUCUUUUAAUCCAACUCUCUAACGAAUCCCUGCUAACAUCAUGAUCUAAUUCACUAAUAUGAUUAGCAUGUAUAAUAGCAUUUUUAGUCAAAAUACCCCUCUAUGGUCUUCUUCUCUGACUUCCAAAAGCCCAUGUCGAAGCCCCCAUUGCAGGUUCUAUAGUCCUAGCGGCCGUUUUACUUAAACUAGGGGGAUACGGUAUAAUACGUGUUACUAUUUUACUUAACCCAAUCACAGAAUACAUAGCCUAUCCAUUUCUCAUGCUCUCCCUAUGAGGCAUAAUCAUAACCAGCUCCAUUUGCCUCCGACAAACAGACCUAAAAUCACUAAUUGCUUACUCUUCAGUAAGCCACAUAGCCUUAGUAAUCGUAGCAAUUCUUAUUCAAACUCCAUGAAGCUUUAUAGGAGCAACAGCAUUAAUAAUUGCUCACGGCCUCACCUCCUCCUUAUUAUUUUGCCUAGCUAAUUCCAAUUAUGAACGUGUCCACAGUCGAACUAUACUACUAGCUCGAGGAUUACAGACUGUUCUUCCCUUGAUAGCAGCCUGAUGACUACUUGCCAGUCUCACCAACCUGGCCCUGCCACCGACCAUUAACCUUCUAGGAGAGCUUCUAAUUGUCAUAGCAUCUUUUUCAUGAUCAAACCUUACCAUCAUCCUUAUAGGAACUAAUGUUCUAAUUACAGCACUCUACUCCCUCUAUAUAUUAUCAACCACCCAACGAGGAAAAUUUACAUACCAUACAAAUAAUAUUUCCCCUACAUUCACUCGAGAAAAUACUCUCAUAAUACUCCACCUAGCACCUCUUCUUCUUUUAUCUAUUAAUCCUAAAAUCAUCUUAGGCCCAAUAU